AUGACCCUUGUUAAUAGUAUCACGGCCCGCAGCAGCAGCAGUGGCGGCGGCGGCCGCUCUAUCCCGCGGCGGUCCGGGGCGUUACGCGGACUGAGUUCCCGCCUGAGUUCCGCGGAGCGGGCGCGUCGGCUGUUGACCACGGACUUGGUGCCGAUUCAGGCGCCAGCGCUGGGGUCGCCGCCAACGACGGGCGACCUUAACCAGCCGUGGUACCGCUUUGAGACGGUGUCGCAGCUGCGGUUCGUCGACUGGCGCGCGUCGCGGUACAGAACGGGCCUGCUGCUCCAGGACGGGUGCGAGAGCUGUUGGGCGCUAGCAGCGACGGACCUGCUCUCGAUGCUCUGGGCCCUCGCUUUCAACGCAACGGCGCCCGUCCCGCUCGCGCCGCAGCAGGUCUGCGACUGCGGCACGGGCAGCUGCUGCCGCGGCGGCUGGCCCGAGUGGGUGUUUCUCUACGCGAUGAGCAACGGCGGCGUCGCGCGGGAGAUUGAUUAUCCGUACACUGCUAUGGAUGGGUUGAGUUGCCGCUCAUUGCAAGCCGGAGCGGUGAAAUUGGGGAACGUUAGCGGCUGGGAAAAAGUUCCGGCGAAAAGCGCGGAUUCGUUGAUGAAAGCGGUUUCGCAGCAGCCGGUUCUGGUUUACAUCGCCACGGAUAGCGACGAUUUUCGGGCAUACAGCGGGGGGUUAUUUAUAGGAGCUUGCGGAAAAGAUAUCGACCACGCGAUGAUUGUAAUGGGUUACAGUUUGGAUGCGACGGAGGGACCCUACUGGCUGCUGAAAAACACCUGGGGUCCGGAGUGGGGCGAAAUGGGUUACAUGAAGCUGCCGAUUUUCAACGACAGCCAACCGAGUGGGAAGUGUAACAUCCACAGCGAACCUGCGGUGUACCCAACUUUUUACGAUUCGCGAAGUAAUGCGAACCCGUGUAACGUUCGCCCGCAGCCGUGUGGUGGGGGCACAUGCAGAUUGGAUUCGGAUGGCGCGGCGCGGUGCACGUGCCCCGCGGGAUUUUUGGAGAGGAGGGAAUCGACUGGGCCGCCCAAAUGCGUGCGUGCGGACCCGUGCGGCGCGAACCCGAAUCCGUGCGGCUCGGGAAACUGCUCGAAUAAAUUCGAUGGCAGCUACACCUGUUCCUGCCCCGCAGGUUCGGUGAUUGGCGCGCGCACGGACGGCGCUAUGACGUGCGUGCUGGGCACGUUUCAGAGCGGCCUGCAGACCUACACCGUUGCCGCGGGGGACACGUGCGAGUCCCUCGCGCGCGCGUUCAACAUCACCCCAGUAUCUCUUGAAGCCCGAAAUCCCUUUGUCGACUGCUCCAUCCAGCCCCUCACGCCCGGCUACAUUCUCAUUGUCGCCGGCGACACCAACGUCACCUUCGGCUGCGCAGCCGUCGAUCUCAUCUCCCCAAACGACACCUGCACCGCCAUUGCAACGCGUAACAACGUUACCGUAAAAGUGUUACAAGCGCUCAACCCGGGUGUGAACUGCUCGCUGCCCGCUCCAUCGCCAUCACUGCGAGUGUCGUCGACGGUGUGUGUGCGGUCAGGAAUGCUGUCGACAACCGCGCCGGCGGCUGUGUCGUGUGGGCAGACGUACCGGGUGCAGCCGGGGGAUACCUGCAUGAAUGUGGCGCUUAACGCCAGCAUCACGCUCACCCGCCUCUUGCUCCUCAACCCAGGGCUGAGAUGCACCACCACAGCCCCUCUGGAUCCAUCCAUGCUGCUCUGUGUGGCACCGCUGACAGUGGAGCUGGUGAGCGUGGAGUGCGCUGAGUGGUACUCUGUCACCCAGGCCGACACCUGCAGCCGCAUCGCCAAUGCUGCUCUGCUCUCGAUGGAUGAUUUUAUGAAGCUCAAUCCCGGGCUCAGGUGUGACCCGCCGUACUUCCAGAUCGGGCAGCAGGUGUGUGUCGCAGGGGCAAUCGACGCGUUCAGUGCUGACUCACUCUCUUCCGACGUUAUCCCCUACACUGUCAUUGCAAACGAUACCCUUGCUUCCAUAUCCAACCUGCCGUGGCCGCAUGUUUUUAAAGCCUCUCACCGGCACUACCUGCACUUCCACAGCACUGUGUCCCCCUCCCCCUUGGCCGUUCACUGA